AGGACUCACAGUCUUCACCAUCAGACUCCUGAUUUCACUCUGUCACUAAACUUCAGUCUGGGACACUCUGAGGCGACGGUUUAAUCUCAGUGAAAGUGAUUCUGGAUGUUCAGAAACAGAAUCGAGAGCGAUGUAGUAAAUCCAGACGUCCGAGUCAAGUCAUGGGUUCAGAGGCGGUCGAGGACUGCGUGCAGGGGGCGCUCUCCUCUCUCUAUCCUCCUUUUGAAAGCACCGCUCCUCCUUUGCUCUCUCAGGUGUUCUCUGUGCUCGAGUCCACCUAUCAGCAUGACAGUUUGAGGUAUCUGCUGGAUUUCUUCAUUCCUGCCAAACACUUUCUGCACAGAUUACAGCAGCAUGCAUGUUCUCAGUAUCUGGGCUGCCUCUUCUUGCACUCUGGUUGGCCGCUGUGUUUGGGAGAGAAGGUGGUAGUACAACUGUCCACUUUGGAUUGGAGACUCCUGCGUAGUACCGACUUCUACCUACAGGUGGUGCCCUUCUCAACACGUUGCCCUCGACUGGCUCUUAAGUGCAUAGCACCUGGUGGGAGAAAUGUGCAGGAGGUGUUAGUGCCCGAGUCGCAGCACCCACUUGUGUUUACUGCGGAAUGGCUACAUUGCAUCAACAAGGAGCGUGGCUGCAAGAGAGAAGGUGGAGGAUGUUUGGACACGUGUCUGGUGAGUACAAGUGACGGAGUGGUCCGUAUUCCAUGGGAAGAGGUGGUCUACCCCAAACUUCUGCACAAUCCCUCUGACCCUCUCCAAGACAAUCCUGACGUGACUGAUCUGUCCCACCCCUCAGGGGGUCUGGGCCUCGGCUGGGGCUCCUCUUCUGGAGAGCAUGAUUCCUGGUCCUGGGAUGAAGAGGAUGACUUGCCUCCAGAUGGGGACGAGGCGGAGAUUGAGACUGCAUUAGAACUCCUACGCAGAAGCAGUGACCACCUUGUAGCUGAUGGCGCUGGAGAUUAUGUUGAGCUGCUAGAGCCUCGGGGAGGCCCUGAUGGUGGUGCUGAUCUUAAACAGCGCUAUCUAGAGAUGCAAGGCAUAUGUAAGACCAAAACACUGCCCAUAUGUAAGAGGGGCAAAGCAAUCCGGCUAAGGAGGGGUAAAGCUAGAGGGUUUGGAAGAACUGAACCUGGGGGAAGGGCCGGAGGUCUGGUACGAAGGGAUAGCAACAACAAUGGAAAGGAUGGUGUCGUUUCUUGCAGGGACUUGGCUAGUUCACGGCCCCUGCCUCGUGUCAUCAAUUUGGGUUGCGAGAGGCGUUCAUAUUCCCCUUCGUUUCAAGACUCAGUUGAAGAUGGUAGAGACCUAGAAGGUCUGGAAAGCAGGGCACUUUGUAUGGACAAUUCAGCCAAGGAAAGGAGGCCUGGGGUAGGAAAAGAGAGAGAUGGGACUGGGUGGACGCUGCCCUGGGAGGAGAGUCAGAUAAGGAGGCGAUGUACCACAGAUACUGAUGGUGUGGCAAAGAACAAAGUAGAGAAUCUUGAAGAGGGACACCAGGACCAAAAUGAAAGAUCACACUCUCUUUGUGAUGAUAAAACAUUGGCCAGUACUGUGAAUAGAGAUAGAGAAAGUGAAGUUGCAACAUUAGCAAAUCCCACCAAAGUUGCAGAUAAUGGAGGAAUUCCAUUGGCUGUUCAUGGGGAAACCGAAAAAAUAAAAAGGCAAUUGGCUGGUGGGUCUGGAACAAGCAAGACGCCCCUCCCAGAUUCCUGCCUGAACAGUCAGUCGGACUCAUCAAACUGUGAUCAAAGCAAAACCAAGCACACACAUAACACCAAAGAUCAGAUAACAGAUAAAAUUCAACUACCAUCGGGUACUGUGAGUGCCACGGGAGAAAAGCAUAUUGGGAAGUUGGAGAAUUGUGUUUGUCCCAGAGGAAAAGAAGUAAAAACUGGUGGAUUCAGAGCACCCAGGAGGAAAAGGAAAGCCAAAGGAGGCAAAGGGAAAGUCAAAUCCAAUUGUUGUGUCCAACAAAAAGUCAAGGGUGAUAACACAGCACCCCAGGACCAGAUCAAAGCAACCCACCCAAGUGUCUCAACCAAACUGACAAACAACUGUUCUAGCAAACUAGAGGAGGCUUCUCAGCUUUCAGAAGUUAGCAAAGGCUGUGUACCAGUCACUUACACAGAAAGAGAUGCAGAUUUAGAUGCCAAAGAAUGCCAAUCUGGCACAUCAUUUUUAGACCAAACACCAAAGGAGACGGUUUUAUCUGUAUCUGCUUCUAAUUUGGAAUUAAAAUGCCCCCCUCUCUUCCUUCGAGACUUAAAUUUUAAUCUGUUGCAAUCAGGAAAGCUAAUGUUAACAGGCACCAUGGACAGACUGGGGCGAGCAUUGGUUGUUACUGAAAGUCACCUCCCAGAGGAUGGCUGGAACACAGAUGAAAUGAUCAAAUUAUUGUCCUGCUAUUACACCAUCACCAGACCUAUGGCUGGAGAGAAGGGCCUUACUGUGAUAGUGGACUGCAGAAAGUCUGCCCUCUCUGAACUCUGUCUCUCUGCACUGAAGCUUUUCAAGGGACAAGCUGCAGAAGGACUUGACUCGGUUCUUAUUCUAACUGAAGAACAAGAAAAAGAAUCAAUCCAGCCUUGUCUGGAUGGAAUAGAGUUGCAUAUAGUGCGAGGUACUGGCAUGCUUCAGCUGUUUGUGGACAAGCAGCAUCUGCCCAGAGAGAUGGAUGGAGACUUUAACCACUCACAGGCUGACUGGCUUGCUUUCAGACUGAGUCUGGAACAGCUGACAGAGCGCUGUGACAGUGCCCUCACGCUGCUGGGAGACGCACUACAGUCUAUGGACACUGAACCGCUUCCUGACUGCAUUAAGAAUGUUCCCCUCAGUGUUGACAAACACAGACAGUUAAUGACUAGCAUCCUCACUGACCAAAGGCUGACAGAGCUGCAGCAGAGGGGAGGGGCUUGGCUGGCAGGUCUGUCCAAUGGGAUGUCAGGGUUGGCGCAGCGAUCACCAGACUGCAAGGCUGCUUUGGCAGUGACCUCAAACCUGUAUGACAGCGUUGAUGAUGCGCUUCACCGCUUGGUGCGUGUGUCAAAUCAGAGGGGUCAUGACCUGGAAGCACUGGAGAGAUUGGCCGCACUUGUCAAUAGACUGGACAAGUGUGAUCGGGAGAUUGAGCAUGUGCAGGAGCAGUUAGAGGACUAUAAACAUCCUCCUCUGUCUCUCAGCAGACUGUCACUCAAACAGCAUAAGUUCAAGGGCUUCAGAGAGUCUGCUAUGGAGCUUCACAGUGAGACUCUGGGUUUGCUAGGAGAGGUGGAGAGCUGGUCUGAGCUGAACUGGGCUGGUCUUGGGGCGGUGCUGGACAAACUCCCUCCAAUAAGGGAGAAAGCGCGCGACAUGUCUCACUGCCUGUCUGACUGCUGGACGCAGCUGGACAACACACAGAGACUACUGUCCACACUUUCUGAGGCGUCUCAGUGGUGUGAUGUGGUGUCGUCCUCCUCUCCUUCCUCUUCCUCGUCCACGCCUCUCUCCUCUCUUCCUCCCAUCCCUCCGUCCCGUUUCCAGGAUGCUCGUGCUCUUGCGCUGGAUCUUGGCGGAGGGGCUCUGCUGGAGCUCUGGUCACAGACUCUGGAGCGCUAUCAGAAAACACUAGCCCAGUUUAAGAGCCGAAUCCUACAGGUGGAGAUGGGCACAUCAGGAGCCCAGGACUCGGACUUGGGCGGACGAGGGAGGACACCCGCCCCCAGUACGUCCAGUUUGGGGGAGUUAGAGGGCGAGAUGGAGCCGGACUGGUGCCCUGGAGGAGGGGGAGAGGGCGGCAUGCAGUCCUGGGGUUCACUGGCAUCUCUCUUCCGGCCACAGAACUGCUCAACACUGAAGUUGGGAGAGGAGAAGAAGAAAGAGGCAGUUAAUACAGGAGGAGGAAAGUUUUUGCAAAACCUGCUGCAUCCCGCCAAGAAAAGCCCCACAGAUGCGCCUCUCCCACCCAAACCCCCUCGCAAGCGUCACCCCAGUUUUGACCUUCAGGCUCUUCUCGCCCCGCGCCGUUCGGCUGCCGUGACUAAACCCGCGGAGUCUGUUUCAGGUCAGUCCUCUCCGCUGUCGUGGCUGGGCCACCGGGCACUGACAGACCCGAUCCUCAUGGCAGGGGUGGCAGCGGCCGUUCCGGGCUGGAAGGAGUCUGCUGGAGGAGGAGGAGUGCUCAUCAGAGGAGUGGAGGUCAGCAGUAAGGAGGUGGCAGAUCAUACGGGCUUCACUCGUCAACAUGUGCUGCUCAGCCGCACUGAAAGAGAGACAGGAGUGGAGAGAGCCGGAGUGACCGCACAAAGUAAGCUGUACUUACAGUGGUGUCGUCUGGUCAGCACAGAGAGGCAGUAUGUAGCUGUUCUUAAAGGUGUCGAGGAGAAUUAUCUGCCUCUGCUGGACUCUUCAGACAUCCCGUUAGCUCUUAGAGGAAAGACAGAGUCACUCUUCUGUAACUGGAAAAGCCUCUCUUCUUUCCACUCGCAGUUACUGCUGCCUGCCAUGGAGGGCGCUCUCUCCCAGACAUUACAGCAGACCGACUGCUUCAGUAAAUACAAGGAUCAGUUCCUGUUAUAUUCCCACUACAUCCGUAUGAGACCUGAGUCAGACGCACUGCUGAUCAGCCAGGCUGCCGACUUCUUCAGGUCAAAGCUGUCUUCCUCUCUUGUUCCUGCCCCUCCAUUUCCUCAGUGUCUCUCAGCCCCCGUUCAGAGACUGGAGCAGUACUGUCAGACACUAGAGGAACUGGGCGGUCUCAAUCCCACCUCUGACUCCGCCCUGUCUAUUCUAAGACACGCCCAGAGACACGGAGAGGAUCUGCGUGCCAGUGAUGCCAUCACGGGGUGUCCGAUACCAGUGAUGGAGCGUGGAGACCUGGUGCGUCAGGGUGAGCUGUGUGUGUGUAGUGGAAACCGAAGGAAAAAGACGGGCAUGAGGAAUGUCUUCCUCUAUCAGAAUUACGUUAUCUUCACCAAACACAAAACACCCAACCCUGGAUGCAGCGUGUACAGCUUUAAACACAGCAUAAAGGUGCGCACCCGUGAACUACACCCAAGUCUGCUUGAGAAAUGUUCUGGGACUGGUGAGAUGGGUCUCACUCAGAAUGUCGGUGAGGACGGCCUGAAGUUUGAGGUGUGGGUGAGACAGGCAUCUAGAACCAGGGACUGCCUCACUCUCCAGACCUCUAGUGUCCAGGAAAGAGAAGCCUGGACUCAUGACAUCGCACAGCUGCUCUGGACUCAUGCCAUCCAUAAUACAGAGUUGUGUCUGAAGGAGUCUCUGUGUAUGGGGGUUUCCAGUAAGCUUCUACUGGAUGUGACUGGUGCUCAAAUCUCAGAACUAGACUCCAGUUUCAGCCUGAACGACAGAGUUCAAAGCAGCUGUUCAGACUCAUCUUCUGUGGGCAGCCUGAAAGAGGGCGACUCGCCCGCCUCUGCAAGGGAUUUAAAGAGAAACACCGAUCAAACAGGACAUACUCUGAACACUUCACCAUCGACCUCUGUGUGAACAUCUCCCAAAAAAAAAAAAAAAAAAAACAGAAUGGGUGUGGUUUCAUUCAUCUACAACACAAACACUGUUGCUUCCACUUAUUUACAACUGGGACAACUGGACAUAAACUCGACCAUGCGGGAAUACAGAGUUGCAGACUGAAGCCUGGAGCUCGCCUUUUCAUUUGUUUGCGCUUAUUCAUUUUCAGGUACUGAAUCAAAGCACAGUGGAUUCUAGCAACAAAAAAAACAACAACAACAACAACUAUUAUGCAGUUGAUAUUAAAGUCAGCAUGAAAACAAAAUGGACCCUUGGUCUUAUUGUGCAUGAUUUAUGAGUGCAUGUUAUUCCCUCUUUUCACCAUUCAAUCAAUUUGUGAUAGAUAAAAAGUGCCCUAAAUUUUCUUCCCAUUGAAUAUCUUGUACACAUUAUGGAAGUAAAAUGGGUUGUGAAUGCCGUUUCAUGUUGAAUUUAAGGUGAAUAUCUGUGAGUGUGAAGAAUGAAAUAAAGAACACAAGCUUUG